AUGUCCAUCUCGCCGGCCAAGAAGAACCUGCACCCAAAACUGACCGCGAUGAACACACGGGAGCUGAUCUCCGGAAGUCUUGACAGCGUCAAGCAACAGGCGAAGGCCAUGGCAUCCACCGUCUCGUCAGCUAGGCCGGCGGACCUCCGCCGAAAGCUGGCGGAGAUGAACACGGCCGACCUCGCCGCGGACCUCGGCCACUUCAAGAACCAGGCGGCGGCAGCGGUUUCCACGCGCGAAGGCGCCGUGAAAGCCGCGGCGAUGGUCCUCGGGGGCGCCGUGAGCAUCUACUUCCUCUGGCCCGCGGCCGCCGCCCCCGCCACCACCGGCGCCAUGAUGAACGCGCCGGGCGCCGCCGGCUUCGUCAUAUCCCGCGUGGCGUUCCUGGCCAAGAGGCAGCUCUACUUCCACGUCCUGCGCACUGCCGGCCCUGUCGCCGCAGUCGCGGUUCUCGUGUAGGGAUGGAAGUGACGCACGGAGGCAUGGACGCGAGCUAGCUACGGUGUGUUUUCUUCAAGUGUGUGUGCGAUGUACUGUCUAGUGGUACUAGCAUUUCGGCGUGCGGACAUGCAUGGAGGAUUUGUCAGCUAUCCAAUGCAACGUGUACAAUAAGCUCUGCGCCUCUGCCUAGCUAGUGCUCGUAUUUGCCCUUGUUCUCCAGUGUAUUGUUCUACAUGAAGCAACUGUUUGUCUA